GUUAAAAUUGACUUCUGUCAAUUGACAAACUUCGAGAGAGUACUUUUUACGUAGUUUUGUUAUUGAUUUGUUCUGUAGGAAGGAAAAGAUUUUUGUCAUAUAAGUGUUUACAAUGUCACUAAAUACAGCUCAUGCUGACCAUGGAGUGCUUAUUCACGCUGGAGAGUGUAUCAUUUUGUUUUCUGAUAAUGUAUUAGUAGAAUUUUAUGGGAAUGAUACACCGGAAUUCAAAGGAUCUAAGAAUGGUCGCAUGUACUUGACAACACAUCGUAUGAUCUACAACUCGAAGAACACAUCUGAUAAUCUAAGAUCAUUCAGCUUUCCAUUUAUUGCACUACAAGAUGUCACUGUUGAACAGCCAAUGUUUUCUGCAAAUAGCAUUAAAGGAAAAGUGCGUGCUCAACCUAAUGGUAAUUUCAUUGGAGAAGUUAAAUUUAAAUUGACAUUUAAAUCUGGUGGUGCAAUUGAGUUCGGUCAAGCUAUGCUAAAAGCUGCACAUCUCGCAUCCCGUCACAUGUCAGCGGACGCACCUCCUCCACCGUACAUGCCACCGUCUGGCCCGUGGUACGCCGCUCCCCCUCCCGCAUAUGCACCCCCUCCUCAAGGAUAUUACGGAUGGGUACCGCCUUAUGCAGCUUUCCCUGAUCAACCAUCGCCAAACUCCGUUUUCGUUUCGAACAGUCCCCCGCCUUACCCUGGGGUAAUGGGCGUGGCCUACCCUCCGGCGGGAGGAAUAUCCGGUGCGACCAGUCCUACAGGUGCGCUGGCCCAUGGUUAUCCAAACGCUCCCGGUUACCCGGGUAACAAUCCCCCUGGUUACCCGGGUAACAUGCCUCCCCCCGGUUACCCCGGGGGAUUCGCCCCUACCUCGGGAAUGUCGUCAAGUGAUGCUAAGGCAGCUGAGGCAGCCCAGAGCGCCUACUAUGAUCCCAAUAAACCACAAACAGCCUAUGUCCCACCACCAUAUGAUCAACCGCCAACCUACCAGGAAUCCUUGUCCAAGAAAGAAAACUGAUGCAUUGCCCUCAUUACCACAUGAACCCAGACAUUAAACACGGUUUAUUCAACUGAUAUAAAGAUUAUAUUAAAACAAACUAUUUAAUCAUAUAAAAUUAUUCUUAUUUCUAUCAUUCAAUAAUACAACUAUAAAAAUAUGUAAUCAAUAAAAAUCACUUCUUACAAUAUUCAAUCAUUCCAAUUGCUAUAAUGAAUUUUACUUUGAAGGUAUGGUAUUUGCUAUUAGUUAUAACAAUAUUUGGCACAGAUGAAAUUGAUAAAGAAAUUAAUUGAAUAAGUAGGUUGAAAAAGAAGCGUUUGGUGCAUACAAACUCUCAGGCCUUAAAACAAUUAAAUUAAUUAGUUAUAAUAUGGUCAUUCAUAAAUUCAUUGUAUAUAAAUUUUUGGGUGAGAUCCUAGCAACCUUAGUGUAUCACAGUAUUGUGAUUCAACAACUUGUUAGUACAGUCGCCACAGAUUUAUUCGUACAUAUUAAUUUUUGAAUGAACUAUUUGUUUCCAGAAGAAUACAUAAAAUUGGAACCCGUUUGACGCAUUGUGUGACCUCACCCUUAUAAGCCGUAUAACAGCAUUCAUAUUGACUAAUAAAAGUUGUGUCUUGAAUUAAGCUUUAAAAUUAAUUUCAUGACAGAAGUUCCAUUGAGUGCUUAUACAUGGCAAUUGUACAUUUUUUAAUAAAUGUUUUUGUAACAGAGUUUUUAUUAUCUGUGAUUUGUCAUAGAAUAAAUAGUGUUGCUUUAUGUUUAAAAAAUAUAAUAGCCGUUUCACUAGAGAAUUAGAUGUUAUUGAUAUUUACCAUCACUGUAUUAAUAUUUAUAUGUGCAAAAUAUAGAGAGUGUAUAGUUAUUUUAUUAAUUAUUUAUACAAUAACAUUAUAAAGAAUAAAGCUUUUAAAAUUGCAAUUAAAUUUUUUGUUUUUGUUCAAAUAAAUUACACAUUAUAUAA